AUGAAAGGCAGGUCCUUCUUGAUUAACCUCAUCUCCUUUUAUGACAAGGUGACCCACUUAGUGGAUGAGGGCAAGACGGUGGAUGUUGUCUACCCAGACUUUAGUAAAGCCUUUGACACCAUAUCCCAGAGCAUUCUACUGGAGAAACUGGCUGCUCAUGGCUUGGAUGGACAUGUGCUUCACUGGAUUAAAAACCAGCUGGGUGGCCAGGCCCAAAGAGUUGUGGUGAAUGGAAUUAAUUCUAGGUGGUGGCCUGUCACAAGUGGUGUUCCCCAGGGCUCAGUACUAGGGCCAGCUCUCUUUAAUAUCUUUAUCAAUGAUCUGGACAAGGGGAUUGAUUGUGCCUUCAGACAAUGGCCCCAUAUCAAGAACCAGCAAAUGAUCAACAACAGCAGCUCCAUCACUGAGUUCCUCCUCCUGGCAUUCGCAGACACACGGGAGCUGCAGCUCUUGCACUUCUGGCUCUUCCUGGGCAUCUACCUGGCUGCUCUCCUGGCCAAUGGCCUCAUCAUCACUGCCAUAGCCUGCGACCACCACCUCCACACCCCCAUGUACUUCUUCCUCCUCAACCUCUCCAUCCUUGACCUGGGCUUCAUCUCCACCACUGUUCCCAAAACCAUGGCCAAUUCCCUCUGGGACACCAGGGCCAUCUCCUACACAGGAUGUGCUGCACAGGUCUUUUUCUUUUUCAUUCUGAUCUCAGCAGAGUUAUCCCUCCUCACUGUCAUGGCCUAUGACCGCUACGUUGCCAUCUGCCAACCCCUGCACUACGGGACCCUCCUGGGCAGCAGAGCUUGUGUCCACAUGGCAGCAGCUGCCUGGGGCAGUGGGUUCCUCUAUGCUGUGCUGCACACGGCCAAUACAUUUUCUAUACCACUCUGCCAGGGUAAUGCCCUGGACCAGUUCUUCUGUGAAAUCCCCCAGAUCCUCAAGCUCUCCUGCUCAGACACCUACCUCAGGGAAGCUGGGCUUCUUAUAUUAAGUUGUUUUUUAGUUUUUGGCUGUUUUAUUUUCAUUGUGCUGUCCUAUGUGCAGAUCUUCAGGGCCGUGCUGAGGAUCCCCUCUGAGCAGGGACGGCACAAAGCCUUUUCCAUGUGCCUCCCUCACCUGGCCGUGGUCUCCUUGUUUAUCAGCGCUGGCAUGUUUGCCUACAUGAAGCCCCCCUCCAUCUCGUCCCCAUCCCUGGACCUGGUGGUGGCAGUUCUGUACUCGGUGGUGCCUCCAGCAGUGAACCCCCUCAUCUACAGCAUGAGGAACCAGGAGCUGAAGGAUGCAGUUUGGAAAGUGAUGACUAGAUCUUUUUUAGAAGUAAUAUAG